GUCCGCUGCUGGCUCCAUCUCAUCUCCAGCCAGAUGACACAAAAAACCUAACUACUACAUACUUACUUGCGUCGUGGCUCUGCUGUUGUCUUGCCGCUGUCUAGCCUUCCAAUGGAGAUCUUCUCGUGAUACUGUAGAGGCUAGCAUCUCAUUUCCGCCAUCCCAUAGCUAGCUAUGGACUCAGUCCAUUUCCCGCUCUUUCGGACACCCCCCCGUCGUUACCACAACUAUACUACAACACAAUGACGAGUCCGAAUUAUGAUGCCUCGGCGUAUGGUAGACACGCCGUGGGGUACUCAAGCUUGGAAACACUCCCAUACGUUGACGAGGCAUCCAACUUCGGACGACGCUGCUCUCGGGGAUCUGGUGGACCGAGAGCUGUUGGCUCGAUGCGUAUCGUCAAGUCCAAUGGAACCAGCAGCAGUCCACGAAGCUCAAUGGGGUUGUCACGGCGGAGGACGGUGAUGACUGAUGCGAGACGAAGAAUAGCCACGGUCGAUCGAGGUGUAACUCCGGAGGGAUUCGGCUCCAAUGAUGGUCUACACUUCCGCACGAAAUCAAAUCGACCCCUCAGCUGGCAUCCAUCCUCGAUCCAACAGAUGGGCUCUUCAAACUGCCCAGCGCCUGGUCGCAACAUAAAUAACGAGUUCUAUAUCUUCGACCUCCCUCCAACUCCUGCUCCUUAUUCGAGAUAUGCAUCACCGGCACCAGCUUUCCCCCCUCUACCAUUGCCGUUUUCGAGCUACGACCAGCAACAAUACCCUUACCCAGACGCCCCCCGUCAAUACCCUUCAAAUCCAAAUUAUAUAUAUCAACCUCAAAAUCUUGGACAUCAGGUCCCGAAAUAUAUAUCAGCACCAGCAGGUAGCACGCACGCACCUGUGUAUUCUCACUCCAAUUGGAGCAGCUUUCCUCGUAAGGUCUUUGAGAAGCCUACCGCGCCACCUACCCCCGAGAAAUUCUUUCCAAUACAACACCCUGGCCCAGCCCUCCCAACCGACGAAGCAAUCCCGUAUCGCCCACUUUCAGAUACGGAGGCAGAGGAGGACGGAGAAAUCUUGCGCGGUCUGGGAUUGUAUGACAAUCCCGAGGCAGAGAAAGUCGCUCCGUCAGAUCCACAGUUAGACAACUAUCGGUCGUCGAUGUCGCAACUUGUUGGGACUGAUUACCGGAGGGAGCCAGCUGGGAAAGGGCUAAAGCUCGAAGAAACUUGGAAUCCGCCAACGCCUGAUGACGACUAUGAUAAUAAUGACGGUAACGAGCAAGAUGCAGAGGGAGAAGACGAAGACAAGACGAAGACGUGGCGAAGACCGCAAAGAAUACCACCGAGGUCACAACACAAAACAACAACGGCAGUUACUAUAUUAGCCAUUUCGUCCCCCAAUCUGAUCCCCCUGCUCGACAUUACGACCAUAACAGCUGGAUAUGAAAUGAUAGGAGCAAAUUCAAAAUUUGGGAAGGAUACAUGAAUUUAGUCAUUUUAGCGUAGCGUACAUAGCGUUUGCAAUAAGACGGGUCAGCGAUGGAGUUGGGAAUGGAUAUUGUCUUGUCAGAUUCACGAGCACGGCACAACAUGAUUGAGCACAUGAAUUUUCUAUAUAGUCUAUAACCACCUAGGUAUUUGACUGAGCUUGGAGAUGAGGGAUGGGACGUCUCUUCCUGUGGGUGUUCUGUACUGACUGGGGCAAUGUAAGAUAUCUCUAAGGUGCCGUAGAUAAGGUAGGACAGUAAACGACAGUAAAUUCUACCGUGAGAGAUGUGACGU